AUGGCAACUCAAGAACCAUGGCUUGAAGGCCUCACGGACGACUGGAUAGCUAAUUCCCGUCUCUCUACUUUUUCUCAUGCUCUCAGCGCCUCUCCCAGACUGCCGAAACGGCCCAAGUCCUCCAUCAACACUACCUCGCAACACCCUCCCGCUGAGCCAAAACCUAGUCGAUUGAAUAACAAGCGCUCCCAGUCUCCUGCGUCGCAAGCGCCGUCAUAUCUGAAGACCCCCACGUCACCCUUCUCGUCCCCGGCUUCGCAAUGUACCAAAUCUACCAGAAACCGUUCCUCCUCGCGCGCGUCAUUGUCGCAAGUGUCGAAGCGAGCGUCAAACACACCGAUGGAGAGCACCUCUACAAUGAACAUUAGGCUAGACAAAUCAAACCAACAUGGAAAUACGCCGGAAUGGAAACGGAGGCUCCUGCGAGGGGAUGCACCCUCGAGCGAGAGUGUUGACUUGUUUGGACCGAUUGGAUUGCAGAAGCUGUUUACGCCACCUUCUGGCUCACACCCGGCGGCACAAAUAGAGCAGCAUGCACGAAAUUCAUUGUCGCUCAGGUCUCGGCUAUCUGGAAAUUCCCAGAGAUACAAGGUCGGAACACUGUCAACAGAUGGUGGCUCACAAAAGUUGAAACUACUAAGAUCCUGGGACAAAGAAAACAUCAACCUCACCUUGAUGGAGCAAAUGUCUGAGGUUUCGCCUGCAGAUCUUAGUCGACUACUGCGCGAAAGCCAGAUUAGCAUCGAUGACAUGGACAUGGGAUGGCUAAAGCAGGAUUUCUCUCGUCUGACUCUUAGUUCUGCGGGAAACUCACUCGAUGGCCCCAGGGACCGAUCGGCUAGUGGUAUCGAAGAAACCAGGAACGAAGCGAUCAGUCCAAUACCACUACCUACACCCGUCGCAUUCAAAGACGGUCAUUCUCUCUAUUUUCGCAGGCCAGCCUCAAGCGCGAGUGAUAGCCUCUGUGAACCGCACGCAGACCAAAUUGGAGAAUACCCAGACGUGGACGAUUCCAUUGAAAUUACUAGCCACUCUUUACCCGAAGGGCUGUCUAUGGGCACACACGAAUUUGCCUCCGCAGCUGGAUUUGCAAACGUGCGGCGAGGAGGCUAUCAAGAGGAUAAUACUAGCCGUAACCGAUGGCUGAACCCGUCACUAACCCCGUCUCAACUCCCUUCUUCGGCUGGUGCUCGCCGUAUUCGAAAUCACUCGCCCAACGGAGGCCGACAGGAGAGCUGUCAACUAGCGCCCCGUAGAGCUGCUCCUCCUUUUACGCCCAAAAAGCAGAUCUCCCCCCAAUAUGAAAACAGUCAGCCCAGCGACAUGAAAUCGUCAGGCAGCCCUCUGAAAUUGUUUGGGAACCACGAUACCUUCACAAACAAUAAACUCCUUCGGCGGAUGAGCCAAUUUGAAGAAACAUUUGAAGCCACGCUUGAGGAAGGUCCAUCCUGUGCACUAGAGUCAGCAGAAAUCAGUGAAGACGAUACGAACUUUGAAAACGAGCAAUUCAGGGAAAGCCAACUUGAUAUUUCCCACUGUCAUUCCGUACAGUCACAACAUGGGAGUCACCUCACUCGGAAUGAAGAAGCAGCUUUUCGCUCGUCAAAGCACGCCGACAAGAGGGUCCUAAACAGUCCAACGAAAGACUCAGCGCCCAAGAGAAGGCGGACUUUGGUGGCUGCAACGCAACCCAGUAAAGCAUGGCAUGAACCCAUAAUUGAGUCAGCGGAAUUUAGCUCAGUCUUGGUUAGCCCGCAGCAGCCAGACGAAUCGUUCAGGGCCACCAGGCCACGAAACGAAGUUCAGCCGGAGCGAUCUAGCAAUUCAGUUUUGUCACAGCAACGAAGCAUAAACGUCAAAUCCUCGCUGCAUCCAUCUCCGUCAAAACUAGCGGCGGACCGCAGUCAUGAGCCCUAUCCUAAAAUCAUAAAACAUGUCCCUGCUACUAAUGCAGCCAGGAGGGGGUCGAUCACCACUCAGGACUUCCUUGAUGAAGCCACGAAAAUAAUGAACCACAUACGGACCCGUGGAGGGCCAAAGAACGGAUUACCUGGCCUGGAAGAAUAUGUGGCGAAAACUGAAGAAAGUCCAGGGGAUGCAUUUAGUGAAGCGUCCACCCAGGAACAGCUCUCAAGACCGCCGAGCCGUGAAGUCGGUGAUUUACCAGCGCAGAGAAACCCGAACGAGCCAGAUCCGCGAAUUAUCAGCCAUUUGAAACGGUUUGAAGAUAGUGACGAAUUAGAUGUUUUCAUGGGGGCUUCAGUCAUGUCCCUCCGGCUUAAAUCCCGGCAACGAGGGCCCAAGCCGCUUGGGCCCCAUGCCGAAACAGCAAUAGAGAGCAGCCCAGCAAAUGUUCGAAUACAUGAAGGGGUUCAUAGUUUUCACCCAGAGCAACGAGGCACUGGACAGGAAUCGACUUUCUCCUCAUAUGACUUGGGUAUAUCGAAAGAGGAACUGAGAACUGCAACAUCAACUGAGAGUAUCCCCACGGGUUCUACGGGCAGCGCAAGAGCAAAGGGAAUAAUCUCUUCACGCAUGAUUUCCCAUUUGAUCCCUGAGCGAGUUGGGGCGAUGACAUACGAUCGUGCCCAUCACAUGUGGGUCAAAGGUCGCCCAAACCAUGAUCAGAAUUUGGCGUCUCUUCUUAGCGAAGACGAUCCCUUCCGUGAUAUACCAGAUCUCAGCGUUGACGAGCUACGGGAAUUGAUCGCAAUACGCAAUGCGCCACGCUGCCAGGGGAAAGCAGAGGGCCUAGAACUUGGUAACAAAUCGGUUUCCGCCACGGAUCAGGGACAGCCGAAGCAGUCUCCAAGUGACGGUAAUUCACGACCGCAAACACGAGAUAACGCCUCGGGCAUUCCAUUGGACACCAGCAGCGUGCAGUCCAAAUCCACGCAGUUCACCUCUAGUGAACCACAGCCAGAUACACGAGCGACAUCAUGGGCCACUACUGAUUUGACAAGCCAAUCCGCCCUUCUAGCAACGCAGUUAAAAUCUGAUAUCUCACAGCAUACGCGAGAGGCAGAGCAUGAAUCUCGGCUUCACGAUGGCUAUCCAUCGCCGAUCCCCUCGCCGAUCAACGGCGAUAGGAAACAGGCAAGAUCCGUUACAAUAACACUACCGUCCCCUUUGGCUUCUCCCAUUGACCAUGAAAAUGAAAACAAGCUAGGCGGCAAGCAUCAGACCAAGGACUUGGCGGAAUCUUCCCCGAAUUACCUGCAGCCCCGCUCCUCUGAAUCUAUUGAAAGUAUUAAACGUCGAAGGGCUGCUCUGGGGUUGAAUCUAGUACAAGAUUCGUUGCCGGCUGGGCUUCGAACUGGAAGGUCGGUAUCUCGCAUCGACGAAUGUGAUGAAAAUAUCUUUAAUGAACUUAGCGGGUUGGGCCAGGAACUCUCUGUUCUCCCAGCUGGAGAUGAAUUAUCUCUACUGGCCCCGCAGGAUUCGCCCCUUGAUACGAGUUACAGUUUUCAUCUCAGCCCUUUGGCGGAUUUUACUGUUAACCAGAUUGACGAGUCGAUGAGACUAGAGCUUAGCUAUGUUGCAGAACGAACCUAUUCAAAAUCUCUUCGACAAGUCCAUGGUACGUUUGCCUUGGCUGCUGAAGAGCUCGUCAGGCAUAUUACGGACGUGGAACCUUAUGAGGCCUACUGGCAGUAUUUAAGACGAUUAACUCUUCGGGACAAGAGGUUGAUCACACUCCUGCAACUCAAUAAAUAUUGCUCUCGACUUCAAGAGCUUGAUGCAUCAAAGAACCGUAUCGGCCAACUUGGUGGUGCUCCCACAAGUCUGCGCAGUUUAAAUAUCUCGCACAACUGCUUAUCGAAUUUGACAGCUUGGGGCCAUUUAGCUAACCUCCAGUAUCUCGACGUGUCAAAUAACGAACUUGAGAAUCUGGACUCGCUGUCUGGGUUGGUUCAUCUGAGAAGUCUGAAAGUCAAUAAUAACAAGCUCAGCUGUAUCAACGGCAUCUUCAACCUAGACGGGCUCUUGACCUUCAAAGCGAGGAACAAUCGUCUAGCUUCCAUUGACUUUAGACGUGCUGAACUGUUCCGUCUGGCCAAUUUGGACUUGAGCGGCAAUAAGAUUACCAAUGUGGAAGGUAUCGAUUCGCUUACUGCUUUGGAGGCGCUGGAUCUUCGAUAUAAUGAGCUCAAAACCUUUACCGCCUUGGAGAGAUUGCAACACUUGCAAUCGCUUAAACUUUCGCACAAUCACCUUCAGAGCCUCGACGUCUCGAUCUCUCCGGCCUUGCGUCUACUUUACGUCGACUGCAACCAUCUAAGCACGAUCGUUGGGCUUGAGGCAUGUCAGUGUCUGGAUACGUUGUCGAUGCGCGAACAGAACUCUUCCUCUGAAGACUACGGAGAUCGUCUCUAUCCGCCUAUGGUUGAUCUCGACUUAUCCAUCAACGCUUCACUUCGCAAGGUUUUCUUGUCGUGCAACAGUCUCUCCCCCGAUUUGCUUGCUCCGCCUUGCACUGUCCCAACCCUUCAACUACUCGACCUUGCGUCGUGCGGGCUAGAAAGUCUUCCACAGACAUUUGGAAAGACGUUCCCAAACCUAAACUCUUUGAACCUUAAUUUCAACGCCCUUUCAGAUGUUGGAUCGCUCGAUGGGAUCUUCAGACUCUCCCGUUUGUUCCUAGUCGGGAACCGCAUCUCUCGGCUCCGUCGACUAUGUCAGGUCCUAAGAGAUGUCGGUGGCAAGAAAGGGAGCAUUGCCAGGGUUGACCUGAGAGGAAACCCAUUAACUCUUGGAUUUUAUCCGUCUCCCAUAUGUGGGAAUGGGAGAUUGGUGCGAGGGGCGAAUGACAUAUAUCACCAUGAACGAAAAGCGCAUCAACUCGUCAAGAGCAGGAAUACUGAACAUGGCGAAGAUGAUGAUAAUGCUCUCGCUCCUCUCGGCGGCUGUGCCGAUAUCGCCCGCGCAGAAGUCGGGGAGCACGUAUCGCUGGUUCGACCUGAAGCUGAAGACGUGGAGAUCGAGAUCGAUGACCCGUACACGGUCCCGCUGGCGAAUUCCGCCGCAGACGAAAGGUAUCUAGUGCACUUGAAUGAAGAGACGAGACUGCGAAGGCGAGUUGUGGAGUUGAUGAUCCAUGCUGCUACUUCGAGUCGGUUGAAGGUGUUGGACGGCCUGGAUUUGAGUCAUGAUGGCAGUGAGUUUGUGAGUUUGAAAAAGGAUUGGGUUUGGAGAAGGCUUGUGGAGUUGGGGGGUUUGAAAAAGCGGAUGUGA